AUGAGUUCACCGGCGAACCUAUUCCCUGGAUUAAAUGACAUAACUGACGUGUUGGAGGAAUUCCCACUGGCCACAUCAAGGUAUUUAACGUUAUUACACGAAAUAGAUGCGAAAUGCGUGCAUUCUAUGCCAAAUUUGAACGAAAGGAUAGACAAGUUCUUGAAGAAAGAUUUCAAUAAAGAUCACCGAACACAAGUAAGACUACUCAAUAAUAUCAACAAGAUUUAUGAAGAACUGAUGCCGUCGCUGGAGGAAAAAAUGCAUGUGUCGUCAAUUAUGUUGGAUAAUCUAGACAGACUGACGUCCAGGUUAGAAUUGGCGUAUGAGGUAGCGAUCAAGAACACAGAAAUUCCCAGAGGCCUAAGGCUAGGUGUGGAUAACCAUCCAGCAAUGCACUUACAUCACGAACUCAUGGAAAAGAUAGAAAGCAAAUCAAACAGCAAAUCGUCGCAGGCACUAAAGAGCGAAUCAAGAAGAGAGGCCAUGGCUGCCAACAGGAGGCAAGGAGAACAUUACUCAGCCAGUACACAGCAACAAGACGACCCAAAGAACGAUGCAAGCUAUGGAGGCAGCAGGCAGGGGAGCCAAGACCACACUGGUAACAACACCAACUCAAGAAAAAGAGCCAACGCUGCCAAUACCAACAUUGCUGAGUCAGAGACCAAAAAACGCAAGAGGAGAGUUGCUACUACAUCCGUUUCACCAAACGCUAUCAGCACGGCUACUGCCGUCAAUAAUAAUAGAAUGGGCACAUCUACAGCGUCCAGGGGAGUUAGCGGCGUCGGAAACAGCAACAAUAGCAGGAUAUCAAGACCGAAAACGAACGACUAUGGUGAACCGCUCUACUGCUACUGUAACCAAGUAGCAUACGGGGAAAUGGUGGGUUGUGAUGGUGCAGACUGUGAGCUAGAAUGGUUCCAUUUGCCAUGCAUUGGGCUCGAAACUCUACCCAAGGGCAAAUGGUAUUGUGAUGACUGUAAAAAAAAACUGUGA